CGUCUCCCCACCACUCCCACCACCUGCAGCCUGCAGCAUUGCAUUGCAGCACUUGGCACCCGGUUGGUAUCGAUCUACUAAGUAUCGACGUCCUGUCAACAUGCCCAGCAAAGGCAUCUCCGUCUACAGCUAUGUCGGCGUCCCCGGUUACGCCGUCGGCUUCACCGUGCCCAAGCAGCAGGCCCUGCGCGAUGCCACCGCCAACUUCACCGGCCACCACCUCGAGGUCGAGUCGUCCCACAUCGAGGGCCUGCACCACUUCACCGGCCGCUUCGAGUGGACCGUCUUCCGCUACGGCGAGGCCGUCGCCAGCGCCCACAACGACAUCAGCAGCCUGACGGGCCAGGUCCAGGGCGGCACCAUGGUGGCCACCGAGGACUUCCACCCCAUCGUGACCGAGGACGCCAUCAUCACCUACGGCUUCUACGCGGCGGGCCACGGCGAGGUCGGCCUGCCCAACCGGCACCAGUGCUACGUGACCGUCUGCGCGCGCACCAACGCCGACUGGAUGGCCCGCGUGGCGCCCCCCGGCACCCCCGCGGCCCAGCGGCCCUUCUCGCGCUUCGUGCUGGCCGCCCCCCACGACAACGGCAUGAACAGCAUGACCACCUGCGAGGCCAUCUUCCAGCACCUCGACACCGACAUGCUGGGCCUCGUCCGCAAGCUGGUGCCCCUGAUGGCCCACGUCGACCACGUGCCCGACCACUUCCUCAUGCGCAAGCUGCCGCACAUCGUCUACGGCCUGUCCAUCACCCAGAAGAAGGCCAUCUCGCGCAUGCUGGCCAUGGGCGCCCGCUACUUCGAGUUCCGCCCCGCCAAGCUGCUGCCCCAGUUCCAGAGGGUCUCGGCCCUGCGCGACACCUUCUACUUCCAGCACGCCUGCAUCCCCGGCCUGGCCUUCGACGACUUCCUGCGCGAGCAGGUCGCCUUCCUCGACGAGCACCCCGCCGAGAUCGUCACCGUCCACAUCCGCUGGGACAACAUCGUCGCCGACUGCCAGCGCCCCACGCCGGACGAGAUCAGCGCCCUCCUCGACGAGGCGUGCGCGCAGGCCCAGCAGGCCCCCCUCCGCUGGGGCGGCCAGGAGAGUUUCGCCCAGCCCAUCGAGGCGCUGCGCCAGGCGGGCCGGCGGCUGAUCGUGGUCACCCAGGCCGACAAGUACGACAGCUGGACGGCCGAGGCGUACGCGACCCUGCGGCCGGAGCCCAUCCUGGCGCGGUUCGAGGGCAUGACGACCGAGGGACAGGCCAGCUCGGACCUGACGGUGCUGCAGUGCCAGGCGACGUCGCAGUCGAUCAAGGAGGUGCUGGUGUACAGCGUGGUGGCGGCGGAGGGGGCCAGCUCGUGCCUGACGGCCACCAAGGGGGCGCUGGACAUGCACACCCUGCCGUGGAUCCGGGCGCACGCGCUGGAGCGGCUGCAGGCGGACCGCACGAUCGUGAUCAUGAACGACUUCAUCGACGGGGCGACGGUGGACACGUCGAUCCUGCUGUCGCAGCAGCGGCUGUCGGCGUAGACGGGAGACAGGGGGGAAUAUUCACGAGAGACCUGGAUGGAGGCCGGGCUGUAGCUAGAAUCGACGGGUUUUUUUCAUGUACAUUGCGAGACGAGAUGAUUGAUUUCGUAGAACCUGGGGCUGGACACAUCUUGCCUCCAGUGGGUGGUGCCACGGAAUCGGAUAGAUGCGUUUAGGAUGGCAGGCAUCCAUCGGAUAGUUUCCGGAACGGCGUGGAAUGGGAUCCCGUGAAGCGAGCGUGCUUCUGCAGCAUUCCCGGAACGGACCAUCACCCCAGCAG